UGCUGGACACGUGAUUCAGGCGAUAUUGCGGCCUUGAAAAAACUGCGAUUUAACAACUGAUGAUUGCAGCCUCCUCUCUCUCUCUCUCUCUCUCUCUCUCUCUCGUUGCUCUAUAAAGCCUCGCUGAAUCGUAUUACCUGUUUCUCAUCCCACUCAUUCUUGAUACUCUGAAGAUAUUUUUUCUCUUCACUCUGCUCUUUAUGUUCUCUUCUGCAUUUCUAUAUAUCUGACCGUGUUCUUCCAUUUAGAAGUGUUCAAGUGUCGUUGGUUAGGAUUAGGAUUAGGCAUUUAGGUGAUAUAGGGAGAGAGGGAGCGAGAGAAAUGGGACAAGAGGUAAUAGUGGUGAGAGAGUUCGAUGCGGAGAAGGAUUGUUUGGGUGUGGAAGAGAUGGAACGACGCUGUGAGGUCGGUCCUAGCGACAAGUUUUCUCUCUUUACCGAUUUGUAUGGUGACCCCAUUUGUAGGGUCCGCCAUUCUCCUGCUUUCCUCAUGUUGGUAGCUGAGACUAGUGAGGAGAAAGAGAUCGUUGGGGUUAUCAGAGGCUGCAUCAAGACUGUUACAUGCGGUAAGAAGCUCUCUAGAAAUGGAAAAAAUGGCGGCAACGACAAUACUCUUAAACCCCUCCCCGUCUAUACCAAGCUCGCCUACAUCUUAGGCCUCCGCGUCUCUCCUUCUCACAGGCGUAUGGGUAUUGGGUUGAAGCUGGUUUCUCGAAUGGAGCACUGGUUUAGAGAAAAUGGCGCCGAGUACGCAUACAUGGCGACGGAAAAAGACAACGAAGCAUCAGUUAAGCUCUUUACUGACCGAUGCGGCUACGCCAAGUUUCGUGCUCCUUCUAUUCUGGUCCACCCCGUCUUUGCCCACCGACUCAGAAUCCCCAGGCGGAUCCACGUCUUUCGGCUCGAUCCAUCCGAAGCUGAAACGCUUUACCGCCGCCGGUUCUCCACCACCGAGUUCUUCCCCCGCGACAUCGACUCAAUCCUCAACAACAAACUCAACCUCGGAACCUUUGUCGCUACUUACGACCAAGAGUCGUGGCCGGGGGCUGAGCGUUUCCUCGCCGACCCGCCGGAGUCAUGGGCGGUGUUAAGCGUCUGGAAUAGUAAAGACGUUUUCGCAUUGGAAGUUCGAGGCGUAUCGCGAGUCAAACGCGGAUUGGCCAAGACGAGUCGGAUUGUGGACAAGGCAUUUCCGUGGCUUUGUAUACCUUCGGUCCCAGAGGUGUUCCGGCCCUUCGGGGGUCACUUCUUGUACGGGUUGGGCGGAGAUGGGCCCCACGCGGCGAAGCUCAUGAAGUCUUUAUGUAGCUUCGCACAUAACUUGGCCAAGGAUCGUGGGUGCCGCGUGGUGGUGACCGAGGUAUCGAGCCGCGAACCGCUCAAGUUAGCGAUCCCCCAUUGGAAGUGGUUUGGGUGCGCCGAGGACCUUUGGUGUAUGAAGCGACUCGGGGAGGACUACAGUGAUGGCUCCGUCGGCGACUGGACUAAAUCUCCACCUGGUCUCUCCAUCUUUGUUGACCCCAGAGAAGUUUAGUGUUAUUAUCGCCACCCCCCCGACUCCGAUGGAACACCCAUCCCCCCCUCAACUCAAAACUGAAGAGUCAAGAGGAAAUUCAAAAAUGGAGUGGAGUAAAAAAACACGAGAUAUAAUCAUAUAAAUAUAUGUUUCUGUUUUUUUUUGGUUAUCUUAUGUUCAGAUCAGGAGAUAUGUAUCUAGAUAAAUGGGAAUAUCCCCCUGUUUUGUAAAUGGAUUCGACUUUUUGAGUUGUAUUUCUUGGGUAGCAUUUUCUCCA